AACACACUGGACGGGACGGGACAAGCGCUACAUGGGGGACGCAGGCGACAGAGGCUGGUAGCCCCGCUCUCCUUCUGCCCGGAACCACGGAUCUGGACGCACCUCCGUCGCUUUGGGGUUUUUUUUGGGAUUCACGACGCUCCUCUGCCGGGAAUCGACUCCAUGAAAGCCGAGUAUGAACGCAUCGCAUUCGAGUGUCUCCUCCUCUGAGCAUGGACUGACCAGAUCCCUACUCUGGAUGAUUUGAUGGGGCUGCUCAGAGUCAUGAUGCCGCCCAAGUUGCAGCUUCUGGCGCUGCUGGCGUUCGCAGUGGCCAUGUUCUUCCUGGAGAACCAGAUCCAGAAGCUGGAGGAGUCCCGGGGAAAGCUCGAACGAGCCAUCGCCAGACAUGAGGUACGAGAGAUCGAGCAGCGGCACACGCAGGACGGCCUGAGGGACCGGGACUCAGCGGCGGCGGCAGCAGUGUCCGACGGCGAAGACGACGUGGUCAUCAUCUACAACCGCGUGCCCAAGACGGCCAGCACCUCCUUCACCAACAUCGCCUACGACCUGUGUGGGAAGAACCACUACCACGUGCUGCACAUCAACACCACCAAGAACAACCCGGUCAUGUCCCUACAGGACCAGGUGCGGUUCGUAAAGAAUGUCACUGAAUGGAGGGAAAUGAAGCCGGCUUUCUACCACGGACACGUCUCCUUCCUGGACUUCACCAAGUUUGGCGUGAAGAGGAAGCCCAUCUACAUUAAUGUGAUCAGGGACCCCAUUGAGAGGCUGGUCUCCUAUUAUUACUUCCUGCGUUUCGGGGACGACUACAGGCCCGGCUUGAGACGCAGGAAACAGGGAGACAAGAAGACAUUCGAUGAAUGUGUGUCAGCUGGCGGCUCCGACUGCGCGCCGGAGAAGCUGUGGCUCCAGAUUCCCUUUUUCUGCGGUCACUACUCUGAAUGUUGGAACGUGGGCAGCCAGUGGGCUCUGGAGCAGGCCAAGUACAACCUGGUGAACGAGUACAUGCUGGUCGGAGUAACAGAGGAGCUGGAAGACUUCGUCAUGAUGCUGGAGGCCGCGCUGCCGCGAUUCUUCAAAGGAGCCACUGAGCUGUACAAAACAGGCAAGAAAUCCCACCUAAGGAAGACCAGCGAGAAGAAGCCGCCCACUAAGGAGUCCAUCGCCAAGCUGCAGCAGUCGGCCAUCUGGAAGAUGGAGAACGAGUUCUAUGAGUUUGCACUGGAGCAGUUCCAGUUCGUCAGGGCGCACGCUGUCAGGGAAAAGGACGGCGAACUCUACCUGCUGGCACAGAACUUCUUCUACGAAAAAAUCUACCCCAAAAACUAACGGGACCGUCGCGUCUGCAGAAGAGUUUUGGAGACGGACGGAACGCUUUGCACACGCUCAGUUGUGCAGUCUGAGACGGAAGAGAAGGGAAGCAGGAGUGACCUACUGCUGACCGUGUGCCUCGUUUGUACUGAGAACAUAAUGCGAAACUGUCCGGCUCGGACGCAGCAGUCGGACCGGUGACAGUUGUUAUUCAUGUCGGCGGCGGCCAGCUGGACGGGGAGCUGGACGGCCGGCUGCGCUCCCAGCAGCUCCUCCGCUCCUCCGCUCCCUUUCACUUCCACGCCAAAGGUCAACCAGGCCGACAGCUCCCGCCGGCUCGUGUCCGAAGACGACCCCGCCAACGGUCGGUCGGACCUGGACUCGGCUUCACCGGUCUCCUGUCCAAACAAAGCGUUUUCUUUGGCUCCGUACUGUUUGGUUGUGUUUGGUUGUGUUUUAUCUCUUUACUCUGGUCGUCGUUUGUAUGUAAAGACAUUUUUCACGGUGAAACGACAUCCUCAUGCCUCACCGCCACCACUACUAACUUAAAGAGACUUUAACUGUAAGAACCCAGCUACUUUGCUGUAUUAUUGGACUCGAAUGAGAAUAUUUGAGGUUUUUAUGAAAUAAAACUCCUGUGAAUAUGGACUGUUGACUGGGGCAGGUGCACAUGUUUUCUACUGUACUUGUGACUCUUGUAGAUGUACAGCUUUGCCUGGAGGCUUUUUGAGGGAAGCUUUUACACGUGAUAUAUUAUUGAAGAAGGUGAAGAUGCUGCUUCUGUAAAUAUUUACUACUUUUUUCAAUCCAUUUCAUUUCCAGGCAGACUAGAUAGCUGUUAGUCUGGACAUCUUAGCGGUUUAUACAUUUCUUUCAGCUCUUUUAUUUCUCGUCUUUCUACUUCAGAUCCGUCUGAACUCGAGCGCCCGCUAAUAUUUCACUCUGCCGUUUACAAGGAACAGUCAGAUGUUUGGGAGAAUGUUUAUUUGCUCUCUUGCUGACGGUUUGUUGGGAAGAUCGAUGCCACUUUCGCUCCAGUCUGUAAAUGUGAAGCUCCGGCAGGGAGAUGUUUAGCUCGGCUGAGCAGAGAGCCUGAAAACAAGACGACACCUGAUCCGUCUGUAAAAUCCCAAACUUCUUGUUUUCACCUCCUGUUCUUGUAAAUGUAAAAUGCUUACAGUGUCAGUGUGAUCUCAUAGGUUUGAACUCGUGUGAGAUCACAAUCAUCACGUGGCAGCAACAGGGGGGACUUUUUGCUCCACAUACAGGCAGCUAAAGGUCCAAUAAGGACCCCAAAAAAACAGCCACUGUUUAUCCGAUCCGCCUCAAAUCUGUCACAGCAUUUCCUCGGGUCCCCAGUAGUCCACCUGCCAAGUCUGAAGUGAAUCGAAUGAACGGAUCCCACACUUUCAUUCGUUAGUGCUACAUUUUGUUUUAAAUAUUUUUAUGCUAAGCUAAGCUAACCAGCUGCAGUGCCACAUUUCACAGACUGAUGAGAAACUGGGGUCAUUUUCUUGGGUUUAUUUUGGUUCUGACGGCCUCCUGUUGACCACAUAAAGCUUUCUGUGUCCACUUGACGAAUCACUAACAAGGCAAAGGACAAAACGUUGCUCCCGUCUACUAAUUUGUCUCCGUCGCACCCAGAAGGCGAACCAUUGUGAAGGCAGAAAAACCCCCGCUUCACCUGAACGAGCUGCACAGAGUCAGUAUUUCCGGUUUGUUGUGUGCCUUCUCUACAGCUCUCCUUGUGUUGCAGCUUUGUCCGAUGGAACCUAAACAUGGCUGUGAUGUCUGUUUUCAUCUUUUGACUGAAAAACAAUAUACAGAAGAUUUAAAAAAAA